AUGACGAGGUUUCUUGAAAGCGAGGCGGACAGACCAGAGUUUGGGACUCAUUUUCAUCUCUUCUCUAAACUGCCGCCUGAAAUACGCUUGGCGAUCUGGCAAUUGGUCGUCUGCACCGACAAGACACCAAAAAUCCACUACUACUCGCUUUUCAACACUGACCAUGACGGAUAUCGACAGAGUCACCUGCAACUAAUGAUGCGUGCUUAUUAUGAAGAUGAGCCCGGAAAGAUUUUCAGUGGUCCGCCCAACAGAAGACGGUGGACACGGCCAGUACUGAAGUCAUUCCGGAGAACAUGCGUUUGGACCGAGGCCAACCGUUUCCUUUACCUGUGGGAUGCUGGUCUCCUAACUACGUGCAAGGAAUCUAGGGCGGCUUGCCUCCAGCAUCAUGGCAAGGCCCCGAGUCGGCCCUCUACGAGUCGGCAUCCCAAGCGCAGUGAUGUGGUCAUGGCACACCACCAAGGGCAGCGCGUCUACGUCAGGGUGUCAUCUAAACGCGACAUCAUAUGUUUUCGCUUUGCGCCAGAAGACAUGACUGCAUCUGUCUCCAUGCGAUGGGAUAUCCUUCUUAGAACUCUCCCCUUCUUCCAGCUCCCUGAAGCAUCCGACAUCAAUCUUGCCUUGGAGUUCGACGACAGCAGGGCCAAGGGCUUAGGCACAACGACGACGUCAGUUACUAAGUUUCUCCACGAAGCUUCACCUCGAGGCGUGGCUAUGCGGGCUCACUGGGCCUGGAAGAGAGGUUUCAUCCCAAGAUGGACUCGUAUGUGGCUUAUCGACCGAGGUGGAGGACUUCCAGCCAACUACAAAGCUUCACGAGAGGCUGAUGGUCGAUAUACGCCCGACUUUGUCUACAACAAUUUUCCAUGCGAACCUGAGAAUCAUCAUGUCUUCACCGACGGGAAGAACAGAUACGUCGAAAGCUAUAUGUGGGAUGGACAGACUCGCAAGUUUACCCACAUGGAUCCUGAACCUAAGAUACCCGUCCUAUCUUUCAUUUGGAAGAUGCACUGGCGGUGCAAGCCUCUAGAGGCUAGAGAAUUUUAUAACGCAAUUAAUCUGCCCGUGGACCACGAAUACUUUUUCAGGGUUUUGCGUCCAUUACCUGACACUGAUGGACGAAACAACCGGUAA